AAGAGACAACAAGCAUCAAUCAAACAAACCAACAAGAUGGCCCACCAGCUGGUUCUUUUGUCUGGCCUGGUCAUGGCAGCGCAGUCCAUGGUCCUGCAUCCUCGACCUUUGCCGAUUUUUUUGGCCCAGUAUCCUGAACCGAACUACAGUUUUGCAUACGACGUGAACGAUCCACACACUGGAGAUGUUAAAAGUCAGCAUGAAAGCAGACGAGGAGACAUCGUCAUUGGACAAUACUCCCUAGUUCAACCCGACGGUAUCAAGAGAACUGUUGACUAUACAGCUAACGAUAACACAGGAUUCCUUGCAACAGUCAACAACCAAGUCAGGCCUAUUAGCCAGGAACAAUCGAACAGGCGUUACAAGGUGCCGGAACAAAGUACUCGCCCAUCCAACAAAGGCCACGAAGUUCAGUACAACACCGCCAGCACAGCCUCCUACAGCACUCCUCAGGGUUGGCCCGACAACUCACAGAGCGUUACUCCCGCCCCCGUCACAAUCACCAGGACGUCGUCAUCGGUCGUUCACCCCUCUUUCUCAAACGGACACAAUCCUUGGAUUCACAACAACUCAUCCUCCUACAAAAUGGUUGCGAAGUUCGUCGUUCUGUUCGCCGUCAUGGCCGUCGCUUCAGCUGAGUUCUACCACCAGUCCUCUUACGCCGUAGCUGAUCCCUUCACUGGAGACUUCAAGCAUCAAGUAGAGAGCCGUACCAGGGACAACGUUCUCGGACAAUACUCCCUCUUGGAAUCUGAUGGAACCCGCCGUACUGUGGACUACACUGCCGGUCCUCAAGGCUUCAACGCCGUUGUGCGAAAGGACCCCGCUCUGGUCGCUGCUGCUCCUGCUCUUUCCUACGCCGCGGCCCCCGCUGCUGCUAUUCCCUACGCCGCUGCCCCCGCUGCUGCUAUUCCCUACGCAGCUGCCCCCACUGCUGCUAUUCCCUACGCAGCUGCCGGUUACCCCAUCAGAUACUCCGCCGCUUACGGUGCCUACCCCUACAGCUACGGCUACCCCUACGGACGUCUCUACUAG